AUGAGUGCACCAUCAGUACAUGUGUGCACUUGUGAUGGUCAAUUUUCAUACUUAGUCGUAAAUUCAGAAGUCACAUCUAACUGUUAUGUCUACACAAUAGAUAAAAAGACUGGCGGAAUGUAUUACGCCGGCGUUCCUGACGUAGAUUUGUUUCUUGACUCAAAGUCUGCUAUUAUAAACAUCACAGAUUCAGUCAGUAACGCUCAGUGGCAAUACCUUGGGAAGUAUUUAAUUGGAGCAACAAUUUUUGACCACCAAUUAAUAAUUAUGUACGUAAUUUCAGAUGAAGUCACCGCAAUUUAUGACAACAAGCAUAUAAAAAUGAUUAAGUCAUCCGACUACUACAAAAUUCCAUUAAUUGACCAAACAAUUGAAGGAGACCAAACAAUUUUCGACUUUCCUAUGAAUGAGAACCACUUCUUCUCCAACUAUGUCGACUUAUCUCUACCUUUUCCAUACUUUGACGUCAAAAAGUCAACAGAUGAAUUUUUCUGGAACAACAGAUUUACGAAAAUCUUUGAAAUACUGCAUACAACAGCUGUCUGUAUAAGAGUAUUUCAAGGUGGUGCGUUCUCUUUGCAUAAAGAUACAAAUACAAACUCGAAUAUUACUUAUAUAAUCAAAAGAUCUUCACAUAAUUCAGGAACAAGAUACGAAGCCCGAGGCCUUGACAAAAAUCAUGAUCCUGCAAACGAAUGCGAAUGCUCUCUCAUCUUUACAAUCAAUGGAGACAAUUUUGGCCACACAUGGCGAAGAGGAAGCGCUCCAAUUGAGUGGAAAACAGUUCUUCAGUCCACAUUCUUGGCUCCACAGCACAUUGUAAAGGAAAAUCCUGAUGAAUUCACUCCAGAAUAUUUUUCAAAAAUAAUUAAACGAUUUGAUAUGGAGAAAGUCAACAUUAUAUCAUUACUAAAUGAAGCACAAGAGAAAGGAGAGGUAGAUUUGCUUCAAGCCUAUAUAAAAGCCGUUGAUCGAGCAAAUAAGGUUCUAAAUUCCAAAAUUUCCUUCAAUCAGAUCGACAUUAACCAGAUAAUAGCCAACAACAAGUCGAAAGGAAGGCUCGUUAUCUUCAAUAUCCUUGCAACUGUUGUAAAUGAGAUCGAAUUCACCUCAAACUUCGAAAACCAAAAGAAAUACAGUAGAUUUAAUUGCGCGGAUUCACUUGAUCGUACAAAUUUAGUGUCCUUUUACUACGCAAUUUUAGUUACGUAUAAUUUUGGUCUCCAACACAAUAUAUUCGUAAAAGAAGGUGAUAAAUCAGAUGAUCUCACAGAAAACAUUAACCAGGAUGUACUAGAUUUCCUUUGCAACGCGUUUAUUUCGACCGGAAAUAUUAUAUCUUUAAUGUACACUAAUACUCCGGCCAUCAAGACAGAGGCAAUACGAGCAUUGAUGACAGAACAGACUGCUGUAUCUCCUGAUGUCUAUAUUACAUGUUUAAGACGAUUUCAUAACGUUGCAUCAGAUCCUUAUCGUCAUAAGAUGUUCAAAAUAUGGAAUCAACCCGAAAAUGUCGAUGGACAGUUCUAUUUAGACUCAAGACAUCUCUCAGCAGCAAUUGUUCCCUCAAAAGAACUCAAAAUUGCCUUAAAUUCCUCAAUUUUUGAAGAAGAAAUCAAGUAUUUCGCAAUCAACGACAUUACAAAUCAAAAUUUGUACGUCGCAUUGCCAGAACCUUUACUUUUGUCGACAAUUUCAAUUUUAGUUCCUCCAAGAACGUCAACCAAAUCAGCAACCUUCUCAAUCUGUUGCGGAAACUUGAUAACCCAGAUGUAUCCGCUGGUUGUUGACAUUUCUCUCCCAUUAUUACAAGAAUCUCAGUGGUGUGUUUACAAUUUCCAUGAAUUGGUCGGCCAAACAACCACUCUCCCCAUAUCAAUCAAAUCUCUGGAGCCAUGCAACUUCAUAAACAUCAGAUUUAAUUCAAUGGAUUCGAAUCUGAUAAUCGGAAAUAUAAAAAUUGCAGUUCAGAGGCCUAGAAAGUCCAUGAUUGCAGCCAGAUCGAGUGAUACAAACACCUCGUUAGGCGCGGGUGUUGCAGAACUCACUAAAAACAUGACAAUGCCAUCAUUGUCAGAUUUAACAAAAUUAGAUCGAUGGAUUUUAGAGAAAAAAGUAUCGAUUAUCACAAGAAAUGAGAGCUUAGUACGUAACAACCAAAACCCUUAUUUCUUUGAUAUACCAUCUCGCUUAUCUGAUACAAGAGAAGACGAAUGCAGUUUUUGCCAUUACAGAUUAACAAACUCUAUCAAGUUUGGCGCAUUCCAACCCUUCCUGAACUACUUCCGACGCUUCUCAGAGACAGAGAAACCAGAUAUCUCUGUUCAUUUGUGUCCUUCAUGUGCAGAUCAGAUGGAAACUAAUGGUUUGCCAUAUUACGAUGAAUCUCUUCUGACCAAUUUAACGAUUGCUGAUUUAUAUGCAGAGAGAUCGACAGCAAUCAUCGAUUCAUAUCAACCAAUAUUCAAUAUCGGACUUCAAAGUUCUAUUUUUUAUUCAAGUCCUCCAAGUGAUUUCAAAGAAUUGAAUGAGAUUUUGAAUCCGACAAUUGCAUUCAAAGGUUGGCACACGUCCAAGAAGAAUGUACAACUCGUUAUAGCAUUCCAGAGUUCAGCGGAAGUUUCGCAAAUCUUAGUUUUACUUGGUAAAGAUUGUUUGGUCGGAGAUUUCAGAGUUUACACGGAAAAUUUCAUGGAACUCAAUGUGAAAGAGAUCAAAAAGAUCGGAAAUCAAGCUAUCUACACAUUCUCAGACUCAGAUCCUACACGAUGCAUCAUCAUUAUUCUUGAUAGUACAUCAGACAUCGUUAUCAAGAACAUCCAAAUUCGUGGCACGAUGAAGAAGAUGAAGAAAGACAAAGAGAAGAUGAUUUCACCAGAAAAAGUUAAUAGUUACAAGUUCAAACCAGCAGAUGGAAUUUUCGACUUUUUGACACACUCACAGACAUUCAAGUUUUCACAACCACGAAAAGUUCAGUCUAUCACAUUCAAGACAGACGAUUUCCAGUCUAUUUACAUUGUUUUCAUCUUGAACGGCAAAAUAUAUGACUGGCAACAGCUUCUUCUCCCAAAGAUCAGCCAAGGAAGUUAUUUGAGAUACACAUUUGAAGACAUCAGUGGUAACUUCGACGAAAUCAAACUUUUCUACCUCGACAAGAAACCGAUGAGUGUUCCACUCGAUGUAUCAUUCAACUAA